UCAGAAACUCGGAAGUGAAAUAGUUACUUUCCGGUGUUGCAAUUGUAGUGUUAUUUGGGUUUAUUUGAAUUUCGUGAUAUUGGUUGUAGUGCGAAUCCCGAUUAUGUCAUUAGAUACAGUGCCUAAAGAUCUUCGUCACUUGCGAGCUUGUUUGUUGUGUUCUCUUGUGAAGACUAUCGAUCAGUUUGAAUAUGAUGGUUGUGAUAACUGUGAAACUUACAUUCAGAUGAAAGGAAACCGGGAGAUGGUGUACGACUGCACUAGUUCCUCAUUUGAUGGAAUCGUUGCCAUGAUGAGUCCUGAUGACAGCUGGGUAGCCAAAUGGCAGAGAAUCACGACUUUCAAACCAGGAGUCUAUGCUGUGUCGGUAACGGGACGAUUGCCACAAGGAAUCGUUCGAGAGCUGAAGAGCAGAGGUGUGAUCUACAAAUCCAGGGAUACCGCAAUCAGAUCCUAACAGAAAAUUAAUAUCAAUUUCACCCUCCCAGUCCCCACUCAUGAUCUUUCUAUAGUUGCACCAAAGAAAUUCCCAAAUGUGUUUUGACUAGCUGUGUUUCUUUAUGGCAUGCAGGCAUCUUGGGUGUGUUGCCAGGAUAGGUUUGGUUGCAGCACACUGCAUUAAUAAAUCCAUGAUGUUCAUAUGGUUGUAUUUGAUGCACGAGGCCACCAGCUGCUUGUCAUUCUAUAAGGAGUGCUACGGUUACACUACUACUUAGCAAAGCUGAUGAUGAUUACAUUAAAAAUGAGGUAACUUAACAGUGUUUUUGGUAUGUUUACCAGCUGUUCAAACCUGGAUCUGUAGUAGUCGUGGUUGCGUUCAAAUAAGACCAAGGCAUUUGAAAAUGUACUGCUUAGUUUAAAAAAUGUAUUGUAUAUUUUGAACGUCUUCAAGAACUGUCUUAUUUUGUUCUGGAUAUUCAUGUUGAAGUUGAGGUAGAAGUAGCCUAUGUCAUUUCUCUGGCUGCAUUAAAAGACUGCUAAACACUGAAGUGCCCUUGUUACUUAUCUCACUGAGAGUGAGGAGUGUGGUGACUUCAGUUUGUGUUUUUUCCAAGGCUUUGUGAUGCUAAUAAUUGUCUAUGAACCAAGCCUUGUGACUUUAACCCUUCCUUCUGUAACUGAAGGUGACGUUCAUUUUUUGUUUGCCGUUGAUGUAGUUCAUGUUUUCUAUACGGUAGCUUUGUGUUGGCAUCAUUUAAUUUUAUGCACAUAUGUAAGGAAGACAUUGUUGCAUUAAGAAAUGAGAACAGGUUACUGUAAGGUUUGUAGAUUUUAUUUAUGUCUAUAAUUGAGGUCUGUAAAACAAAUCUCAUAACAGUGGCAUAUAUUUUUUUAUUUUACUCAUGGCUACAGGGCACUGCACUGUAGAAAAGUGGAAUUCUUGCCAUUUUGACAACUAAACUCUGCUCAAAUGAUCAUUAAAAAUGUUUCUUUUUGUGUAA